AAUUCAGUAAUUUGAAAUUGAUGUGAAUUUUUUUGAUUUUAUUUUGAAAGAGCUAUAAUACACUUUAUAGUUAUAACUAAUAAAUGGUAUAUUUAAACAUAAAUUAUUUUAAAAUUGUAUUGGUUUCUGGAGUUGUUUUAUUUUAUUAUGUGUAAUGUUUGAUCAUUGCUGUCAAAUAUCCUUGUUGUUAAUUUUGAUUUGGUCUGUAUGGAUAAAAUCGGAAUUUGUAGAUGAAAGUAAUUCGUUAAUAGAUACAUUACCUAGGUAUGUGAUGUAUGAUAUAAAUCAAUCGGAAGGAUUUAAUUUACGACGUGAUGUAUUUUUACGUAUGGCAACAUUUAUAAGGCAUUUAAAUCAAAUUUCAAAUUAUAGUUGGAUAUUAGUUUUACCACCAUGGAAUCAGUUAUAUCAUUGGCGAUCAAUGCAUAUAAAUCAAGAUAAUCUUCCAUGGAGUUUGUUUUUUAACUUGGAUGCAAUUAAAAAAACCACUCCAAUUAUUGAGACUCAUGAAUUUGUUGAAAUUAAUGGAUUACGACCUAUUGAUGUUUAUGUCACUCUACAGCAUUACCGUGGAUUAUCAGAUCCUAAUCAUGAUUGGUCGGACAAAUGGGAAGUUACAGAUUGUGUAGAUAUUAAGAAAAAUCAAGUAUGGAAUUAUACAAAUUUAACAUCAUUAAUGAAUUUGUGUUUAUCAUUUCAAGGACCAUCAAGUCUUUUAAUUGAAAUCAUUAAUGAUUUUAAUCCUAGAACAAUUAUGUUUAAUCAUGCUGAAGUUAUUUUACAUGACUAUUAUGGUGGUUCAGAGUAUUGGCUAAUUAGAAAAAGUAUGCAGUUUGCUACAGAUUUAAAAAACAUUGCUAAUACAUUCAAAACAAAUUUUUUGCUUGAUAAAUAUUUAUGUGUUCAUCUGCGACGUCGAGAUUUUUUGUAUGGUCGUCCACAAGAGGUUCCUAGUAUAGAGUGGGCUGCAAGUCAAAUUUUAGAAAAACUUCAAUCACUUAAAAACCUGAAAUUUGUGUUUGUGUCAACUGAUGCAUCUGAUAAAGAGUUCUAUAAUUUAAAAGAGCUAUUAAUUGGCUACAAUGUUAUUAAGUAUGAUGCUAAUGAGGAAAUCUUAAAAUCAUAUAAAGAUGGAGGGGUUGCUAUUAUUGAUCAAAUAAUAUGCUCACAAGCAGAUUAUUUUAUAGGUACUCAUGAGUCAACAUUUUCAUUUCGAAUACAAGAAGAGCGAGAAAUUCUUGGUUUUCAUCCAGAAACCACUUUCAACCGUUUGUGUGGUGAUAAAAUGAAAGAUUGUGCACAACCAUCAAAGUGGAGAUUAGUCACUUAAUAUUAUGAAAUAAAAUGAAAAUUGAUAAUUAAAAUUUUUUUGGGCUUUAGAA